AUGGGCCACUUACUUCUUCGAGGAAUCUUCGCAGCAUUGCUUAUGCAAACGAGUCUUGCAUUGACUGUGAAAGUUCCUCAGCCAACAACCACCUCUUCUGAGACUACUUCUUCUGUGAUCACUCUUUCUGCGACGCAUGAACAUCACCACCACCACCAUUGGACAUAUACUUCAAGGCCAUUGCCGAGUCGCAAGCCUUGCAGCACUCAUUUAUCAUCGUCUGUUGCCGUGACCCCCACGCUAUCUGCAACACCAUCUGCUAUUGUGGUAUCGUCCUCUAUCCCAGUGACUUCACCCACUAGCUCUGUCACUCCUUCAGCACAUCAUCAUCAUCACCAUUCUUGGACUUAUAGCUCCAGGCCAUUGCCCAGUCGCAAACCUUGCAGUGCUCGCCCUUCAUCAUCUGCUCUUGUUUCGUCGUCUGCUAUUGUUCCAUCAUCCGCUCCUUAUUCUUCUUUGCCCACUUUGACCACGUCACCCAUUGCUUCUUCCACUCCUUUGUCGAGAAGACCAAUUCACACUCAUCACUCUCAUUCCUAUUCUCAUCACUGGAGUCAUACCUCUAGAUUACUGCCUCAUCGCAGUAGCCAUUGCUCGGCUUCAUCGUCCUUGGCUAUCUCAUCCUCAGCUCCCACUUCGACGCCUCUUCAUCAGACGUCAGUUGUGACUACUGUGGCUAGCUCUCUUCCAACUACAGCAACUGAACCUGAAUCGCCUGACCAAGCAAGCGGUGCUCCUUCUGGAUCGAGCCCUGUCCAGUCAGGUUCUUUGCCAAGUACUACAGUUGUACCUGGAACUUCAGUACAGUUGACUACAUCCACCGUCCUGUCUACUCGCACGGCUACCAUCACGGCUUGUCCGUCAUUGAUUCCUAACUGCGCGCCGGCUUCCAAGACUACUUUUACAGCAACCGAGACUGUGGUUAUUUCGACGACAGUCUGUCCGGUGACAGAAGAUCAGACCACAUCUGCUCCUGUUGCUAGCGGGGCUCCUACGAAGUCUGGUGAGCUUGGAUCUACCACUUCCACUAUUUUCACUACUCGCACUGCGACUAUAACUGCUUGCCCAUCUUCCGUCACAAACUGUCCCGCCAGAUCAAAGACGACAUAUGUUACAACUGAGACGAUUGUGGCGUCCACCACCAUCUGCCCGAUAACUGAAACUCUACCUGCUUCCGUUCCGACAGGCCAAGCUGCCACCAAGUCUGAGCCUGGAUUUACCACUUCCACCAUCGUCACAACCCGUACUGCUACUAUCACUGCUUGCCCCUCCUCUGUAACCAAUUGCCCUGCAAGAUCAAAGACAACUUCCGUUACUACAGAGACGAUUGUACUAUACACUACAAUCUGUCCGAUCGCCGAGACUGCCGCUACACAAACCGCUUCUGCUUCAUCCCAGGGCGCUGCUGGUUUUGAAUCGACUACCUCCACCAUUUGGAGCACCCGGACUUCGACUGUCACUGCUUGCCCAUCAUCCGUGACCAACUGCCCACUGCGGUCCAAGACGACCCAUGUGACCACCGAGACCCUUGCCGUAGGAACGACUGUAUACGCAGUAUCUACAGUCACAGCUGCACCUGUGUCUACUGCUACCGAAAUUUCAUCCGACUCUGGCUCUUCCAGAAAAUCGGGGGGUAAUGGUUCGGCCUCAGGUGCAGAUGCAGUAUACACUGCUCUCUACACCGUCUCAUCAUGUGACAGUGAUACCUGUACCGAAUAUGUCAGCACUCUUCUAGAGGCCCAGACUGGCCUUGCUCAACCCACUAUGUAUGGCUCCAAAGCUUCAGAAAGUCGUACCACUUCUGCUUCUAUCUCGGUACACGUGCUGCCCCAGAGUAGCAAGUAUGGUGGAGUUCGCACAUCCUCAGCGUCUGCUUCUAGCACUGAUAGUGCAGUCUACUCUACUUAUACUGGUGCUGCAUCUACCAUUUCCCACUGGCAUAUGCUGCAGAUGGUUUGUAUGGCAGUGCCAAUCUUAGCCCUCUUUUCUUAG